AUGUCGCCCGCCCGCGGCGAUGCCAACGCCAGCGUGGCUAGAGCGAGCGGAGGCUCCUCCAACGGCGCCGUGACCGCAGACGAGGUUGUGGUGCAGGUAGACGACUCGGACGAGAACAGGGAAAACCUGAGGGACAGGGACAGAGCCGAUAAGCUGGAAAAGCUGGAAAAGGACGCACACGCCCGCUCCCAGACCCAGACCCAGGUCCAGGCCCCUCCUGUCACCGUCUCCAGCUUCAGGAGCGCAAACGGCGAUGCCAUCCGUGCGUACCGCUCCGAGACCGCCCUGACCAUGAAACCACGUCCCCGAGGGUCGACCUCAUCCACUCCUACUACCACGAUCCCGCCUCUCAGACCCGGCAGGCCAUCGAGCCCUGAGUCGCCCUCGCUGAAGCGACUCUCUCCUCGUUACUCGCCCACAAUACUGGCAUCCAGGACCUCUCGCUUCUCCAAUCGCACCGGGAUCCGAGACUCUCAGUCGCCUUCGCCCAUUCUAGCCGACGAGAUGGUCGGACGCGAGUCGCUCAGGAAGCGGCCGGCGACCAGCAACACGCCAGCCCCUAAAACCCCUACCCCGAAAAACACAGAAUGGACCGUCGACAAGAUCGCCAGCGCGCUGAGCGUCCUGGCCGAGGAAGUGCCCCAGAACCACUCCCGUCUGGUCAACUUCCUGCUGGAGGAGACCGAGAAGCGCGCGCCGCAGCCGAGACAUCUCAGCAAGACCGACCCCUUUGCUCACAUGAAGUCCAAGGCCAUUGAUGCAAACCGCCCGCGGCCCGAAGGCGUCCCCACCAUGGAUGUGAAGUUUAAGCAGCACAGCGGCGAGUACGGCAAGUCUAGAAAUAGUGGACGCCGCUUCCAGUACCCCGUCGUGUGCAUCAAGCCCGACAGGGAGCCGGUGCCGCCCUAUCGCUUUCACCAUGCUGAGAUUCGCAAGAACAUCCUGGCGCUCAACUCGCAGCUCAAUUUUGUACCACAUCUGCGCGACGUCGACCCGAACUCUGCCGAGGAGCAGAAGUAUAGCGCUUGGCUAAUGGACCUGGAGAACCUAGACAGCAAGUCAGGCUUCAAGAUCCAGCCGCGCAGCCAGAAGAUUGCGAAGCGCGCGCAGGCCGAGUAUGCGGCCACGUUGGCGCCGUAUCUGGAGCCAUGGCUGCGCAAGCUCAACAUCGAAGGCUGCACCAAGUCGAACCUGAUCCGCUUCAUGGCCAGCCAGCCCGAGAGCGACGACUCCAUGACGCCUCAGCAGAAAUCCAACCUCCUCGACACCUACAGCGACGACAUGGGCUCGCCACAAGCCGUCCGUAACGCAAGCAUGUUCACCGAGGCUUGGGACCGCGUGUUCAACGACCAGUCCAAACUGCGCCGCGUCGCCCUGCGCGACAUCCUCAUGCUCGACAAGAAUGUCGAGCCCAUCUUCGACAACAAGCGCGCAAAAGACGCCCCCGGCUCACAAAAACCGCCCGACGAGGCCCUCAUGCAAAAGGUCAUCGACGCCCUCGGCAGCUACACAACCCUCGGCUGCCUGAUCUGCUUCAGCCACGACUGCGAGCACGGAGAGAUCGAGCGCGACAACCAGAAGCGUUGCUUCUCGCUGGAAGAAAUCGGCGGUCUGAUGCCGUCUCUGCGCAGAAAAUGGGCUGCGCAGAUCGAGCAGAGGCAGAAGACCGAAGGCGGUAGCGCCAACGCUCCCCCGGCGCAUCCCCCCUGCAGGAACGAAUGCUACCGCAUCCACGGCACCGGCGAUCCAAACCAGCAGGUUCCCCCCUGGUCCGAAAACGAAGUCGGCACCCUCGAAUGGAUGUUCGCCACCAUCGGCUACAGCCAGACCCUGCGCCCGGAAUGCUUCGUCGGCGCGAUCCUGGGCCGACCCUGCUGGGACGUGCAUCGCAAGCUGCAAGAGCUGGAUCUUCGCUUGCCCCCCGUCGAACCGCGCACCAUCCCCAAGCAAAAAUCCCUCCCCUGGUACGACCGCCGCAAGAAACAGCUCAUGUCCGACUGGGCCGACGCAACCAUCACCCAUGAGCACGCCGUGCGCGAGCUCUUCGCGCCGUGCCACCACGACGGGCCCUGUACGGCCGCCAACGGGUGUCCCUGCGCCUCGGCGGGCACUCAUCCCGUUUUGUGCGAGCGGUUCUGCCUCUGCACGGCAGAGGAGUGUCCUUUGAAGUUCACAGGCUGUGCGUGCCACUCGUCGGGCAAGACUUGCUUACAGCGGCAGCGGGAAGGCAGGCCGUGUAUCUGUGUACAGCUGAAUAGGGAGUGCGAUCCGACGCUGUGUAAAGGGUGCGGGGCGAGAGAGAGGGCGGAUCCGGAGAAUGCGUAUGACGAGGUGUUGCACAGCACGGGGUGUCAGAAUGUGGCGCUGCAGAGGGGAGCUGCCAAAGCGGUGGUGCUGGGAAAGAGUCAGCUGGAGGCGUGCGGGUACGGGUUGUUUGCGGCGGAGGAUAUCGAGGAGGGGGAGUUUGUGAUUGAGUAUACGGGGGAGCUGAUUAGUCACGACGAAGGGGUAAGGAGGGAGCAUAGGAGGGGGGAUGUGUUUGAUGAGGAGAAUAAGGUGUCGUAUUUGUUUACGUUGCUGGAGCAGGAGGGGAUCUGGGUGGAUGCCGCGAUCUACGGGAACUUAAGCCGGUAUAUCAAUCAUGCGACGGACGGGAAUAUCAUGCCCAAGAUUAUGUACGUCAAUCAUGAGUGGCGGAUUAAGUUUACCGCGAUUAAGGAUAUCAAGGCCGGGGAGGAGCUGUUUUUUAAUUAUGGGGAUAACUUUCCGAAUUUGACCAAAAAGUUGGUCGAGAGGAAUGAGCAGUCGGGAGCGGAGACGACGCCACAGCAGCCGAAGAGGGCGAAUGGAGCGGCGACACAGAGAGCGACGGCGAGAAAGACCACGUCCAAGGCAAAGGGGGAGGGGAUUGGUUUCGAUGAUGACGACCGGGAUGGGAAUGAUUCGGACCCGGAUGACCUGUGGAUGGGCGACCAACAGCAACAACAACAACAACAACAACAACAACAACAACAACAACAACAACAACAACAACAACAACAACAACAACAACAACAACAACAACAACAACAAGCCCAGAAACCUCAACCGUCAACAUCCCACCAACCCCAAUCCCGCGCAGAGCGCUCCUCCACCGAAACCGGCAGCGAAGAAAUCUCUCCGGACAAACAACUCCGUCGUGAGAACCACGACGCACAGCGUCAACUCUUACACCAAUUCCAGCAACAAGAGCAACAACAACAACAACAACAACAACAACAACAACAACAACAGACCCUACCGAGAAAGGAGCCCAAGAAAGAAGAACUGGAAGAAGAGAUUGAUCUUGACGCACCCCGACGCAGUCGGCUCAAGCGCCGGCUGGAGGCCCUUAAGGGGGAUUCUAGCAGCGGCGGGUCGGCGAAUGAACAGCCGCCGGUUAAGAAGCCUUCUCGUAGAGGAGGGGCUCGGCCGGGGGCUGGGAGGAAGCCGAAGCAUCGGCCGCCGGGGGCUAAGGGGAAGGAUAGUAAAGGGAAGAAAGGGCCGAGUUCUUCGGCUGGGGCAACCACAGGGGCAGGGUCGGGAGAGUCAUCUGGGGUGAACGAGACGGGUGAGGAGGAGGUUGCUGUUAAUGGGAAGAGUGACAGCAAAGAUGAGGCAAAGGAGGAGGAGACGGAUAAGGAGAAAGAGGAGGAUGAGAAAGUGAACGAAAAGGACAGGGAGAAAGGGAGGGACUCUCUUUCCUCGCCGACCGAGGAGCCUAUCGCAUUCUUACCAGUUACAAAAUCUGCCCCGUCACCAGCUAAGAAGCAAGCUAGCUCACCAACUAAGAUAUCCGACUCGAAUAGAACUACAUCCAAAAACACCUCUUCCAACAACAACAACAACACCAACAACAACAACAACAACAACAACAACGAAUUCCCCUCCCCUGUCAUCAGCCCCCGCAAAACCCGCUCUUCCGAUCACCUUACUAACUCCCAACCAGCAGCACUAAGUCCAUCAGCAACCACCCGCAAACGCAAAGCCUCUGACCUCACCUCCGACACCCAUCUCUCCGCUGCUGGGAAAGGGUCAGACCCGUCAACAAUGACAACAACAACAACAACAACAACAACAACAACAUCAUCAUCAUCAUCAUCAUCAUCAUCAUCAUCAUCAUCAUCAUCAUCAUCAAAGGCCCAACCCAUUUUGGAGGAAAAGGGUGACGAUGACGAUGAGAACAAUGAACCUAUCACCUCACCCUUGAAGCGACAAAAAACAUCAUCAUCAUUAUCAUCAUCACAUUCAAUGUCGGUUUUUUCAGAGGCCAAAGAGGGGGUGAACGGGGCGGUUCCAGGGAGUGGGAGGAAUUUAAGGAGUAGUGGGGUUAAGGUUGACUCUUCAGGGUUGAAUUCAACCUCAUUAUCACAAGAGAGGGGCGAGAAGCAUGAGAAGCACGAGAAAGAGAAACCGAAAGAGAAGAAGGGGGAGAAGGAGAGAGAGAGGGAAAGGGACAGGUCGGAGGAGGCUGAUGAAGAGUUGCUGCCCAUGGACCGGUCCAUGAGGAAGAGGCAGAAACCGGCGCGGUAUCGAGACGAGGGGGAGUAG